AUGGAUCAAGGCUAUCCCCCUCUACUAGACAAUUGUUCUGUUCGAAGCGUUGUUCCAGCGUCCAAGAGAAAGGCAGUUUUCGAGGAGUUACACUCAGGUUUGUUAGCUGGUUGCUUUGGUCGUAGAAAGAUGACCAGGCAACUGUCAAAAGAGUUGUUCUGGGGGACAAUGAAGCGGGAUAUCACUCAGUGGUCCCAGGAGUGUCAGAAAUGCCUAUGCCACAAUAGUCGCCACCCUAUGACACCAGGGUCGGUACCCAUCGUUACAUCGGAGCCGUACGAACAACUACACGCAGGAAGUAAGCGGCCUAACAUUGCGCGCGAGUACGCACGAGAGGAGAGCAAUAAAAUGCGUCGCAAGAUGAAGUUCGCGUAUGAUAGGAACAAACGUUUAUGUACUAGACGUUUAUGA